AUGAAGUUAUGGGAUGUUUUGGCCACGUGUUUGUUGCUCCUGAGCUCUGUUGCUACACGGCCUCUCUACCAAAAUACUCAGCCAGCCAAGAGGACUUAUUUCCCCAGCAGCUACAGUGAUUCUGUGUCCCUGUCUGUGGAGGACGAAGAGCCAACGUACCAGCGUGAAGACCACAACCUGCAGCAGAUCUCCAUGGAGGAUCAAUAUGACAUCGCAGGUCCCUAUCCAGAGCAGUUUGAUGAUGUAAUGGAUUUUAUUGAGGCGACCAUUGGCAGACUCAGGAGAUCGUCAGAGCCCAGCGAGAGCUCCAAGGGACGGAGGGAGCAGAGGCAGAGGGGAGCAGCAAACACAGAAGGCCUGAGAGGCGAGAGGAGAGGACAUGGCGACAGGAGGCGUGGUCGGGGGCGAGGGGGAAGUCGAGGCGACGAUAUCGGUGCAGACCCGAGGCUGCUUGCUAAAGAGGUCCACCUCAAUGUGACAGACUUGGGGCUGGGCUACCAGACUAAAGAGGAGCUGAUCUUCCGGUACUGCAGCGGCCCCUGCGUGGAGGCGGAGACCAACUAUGACAAGAUCCUCAACAACCUCACGCACAACAAGAAGCUGGACAAAGACACGCCCUCACGCACCUGCUGUCGACCAAUAUCUUUCGAUGAUGACUUGUCUUUCUUGGAUGACAAUGUAGUGUAUCACACGCUGAAGAAGCAUUCUGCCAGGAAGUGUGGCUGUGUCUGA